AAUUCCGGCUAGCUUAAAAGUGUUGAGCCUCUCUCAAUGUUCAACAAUGUAGAUCCAGGAAGCCCUCUUGAGAAUAUACUGUCUGUGCCCUGUCUGUACCCUUAUGGACAUUUCUUCAUCUCUUGGUGUCGUGUCCUCUGGAUGUCCGCGGGCUGGGACAGAUGUGGACUCCGCUGAGAGCGCAGGACUGUCGGUGUGGCUGUCAACAGUACCGGGGAUGAAUCGGUGGCGUUUUUUCUGAAUGUCAUUCUCUCCGUCACAUCCAGGCAGCAGCAUCAUUAAACUUUCAAAAUGAGGAUCUUCUUGUCUCUGCUGAAAAACUCCAACCCCAAAAUCGAGUAUUACUCCAGGUUCUCUCCGUCCCCGCUGUCCAUUAAACAGUUUCUGGAUUUUGGCAGGGACAAUGCUUGUGAGAAAACAUCCUACAUGUUCCUGCGCAAGGAGCUUCCGGUGCGGCUGGCCAACACCAUGAGAGAAGUCAACCUGCUACCUGAUAACCUGCUCAGCCAGCCCUCCAUCAGACUAGUGCAGAAAUGGUACAUGCAGAGCUUUGUGGAGCUGCUCGAUUACGAGAACAGAAAGCCAGAGGACCCUCACGCUUUGAACGAUUUCCUGGAGCUCUUGAUUGAGAUCCGCAACCGUCACAACGAUGUGGUUCCCACCAUGGCUCAGGGAGUCAUCGAGUACAAGGAGAAGUUUGGCUUUGACCCCUUUAUCAGCAGCAACAUUCAGUACUUCCUCGACCGCUUCUACACCAACCGUAUCUCCUUCCGCAUGCUCAUCAACCAGCACACUCUCCUGUUUGGUAAUGACACUAACCCUGCACAUCCAAAACACAUAGGCAGUAUUGAUCCCACCUGCAGUGUGGCUGAAGUCGUCAGUGAUGCCUAUGACACAGCGAAGAUGUUGUGUGAGAAGUACUACUUGGCUUCACCCGGGCUGAAGAUCGAAGAGUUCAACAUGAAAGCCCCGAAAAAGCCCAUCCAGGCGGUGUAUGUGCCCUCUCAUCUGUUCCACAUGCUGUUCGAGCUCUUCAAGAACUCAAUGAGAGCCACAGUGGAGCUCUAUGAGAACAGCAAUGAGGAAUUACCUCCAGUCAAGGCUAAAGUCACUCUGGGUAAAGAAGAUCUCUCCAUAAAGAUCAGCGACAGAGGAGGAGGAGUCCCUCUGAGGAAGAUAGACCGUCUGUUUAACUACAUGUAUUCCACUGCUCCUACACCAAGCCUGGAGCCAGGAGCUGUCCCACUGGCUGGUUUUGGCUACGGCUUGCCGAUUUCUAGGCUCUACGCCAGAUACUUCCAGGGGGAUCUGAAACUCUACUCCAUGGAGGGCGUUGGCACUGAUGCAGUCAUCUAUCUGAAGGCCCUCUCCAGCGAGUCCUUCGAGCGUCUGCCCGUCUUCAACAAAUCAGCGUGGCGGCAUUACAAGACCAGCCCUGAGGCAGACGACUGGAGCAACCCCAGCAAAGAGCCACGCGAUGCCACUCCAUCUGAUGCGAAAAGAAAGGAGAGUAGAUGAAGAUUCAGUACGGAAAGGUUCAGCCUCACUGAAAGAAUUCAUCACUGCCAAUGCCUUCGUAACCUGCCAGUCUCACUGAGCGAUGCUCAGCGACGAACCUGCUGUAGAGGAAGUGUUAUAUAGUGACGACUAGUCCUCUUCAUCUAAAUGCCUCACCUCACCACCUUCAGUCAGUCAUCAUCACAUGUAAUGACUGUUCUAAGAGUUCUCACCUUUGUCAAAGUUUCGGUUUGUGAUUUAGAGGCCCGAGGAUCUUUAAUCUCCAGUAGUCGUCAACCUUUACUGUUAAAGACCGUCUCUGUACCUCUGGUUUUAGAAAAUGUUGUGUAUAUAACUAUAAUAAUGUGUUUGCUGUACAUGCAGCCAGUGUGGAGUGAUCGCUCUGUUUUCCAUCCUACUGUACCUCCAGCUUAGACAGAUGUAUUUGUAUGCAUGAACUCCUCGCUGUGGAGGUGUUCAUGCAGAAAUAUGCAAUUAAUGCAUCAUUAACAUAUACCAAAAAAAAAGAUAAGAUCAGUCUAAUAAUGUUAUUCAGCAUGAGAUCAACCUGUCAACCCGACAAUAAAGAAAAUUGCUGUUGUG